CAGUGGAUCACCGAUCAACGGAAAGAGCCAAAGAUGUUGGCUCGGUCAUGUGAUCAGCUGUGUCCAAUCACUGCUGAUCACAUAGAGGACAUGUACACUGAUCAUCAGGACACUGAUGAUCAGUGUGUCCUGAUGAUCUGUGUAGCCCCAGCAGUGCACCUCUCAGUGUCCAUCAGUGCCAGCUGUCAGUGCCCAUCAGUGCCACAUCAAUGCCACAUUUCAGUGCCUACCAGUGCACAUCAAUGCCACAUAUCAGUGCCCAUCUGAGCUGCCUUUCAGUGUCACCCAUCAGUGCCAGUCAGUGCCACUUAUCAAUGCCAGUCAGUGCCACCUAUCAGUGCUGCCAAUCAGUGCCACCUAUCAGGCCAGUCAGUGCCACCUAUCAGUUUACAUCAGUGCCACCUAUUAGUGCCCGUCAGUGGUGCCUAUCAGUGCCACCUAACAGU